AUGUUUCUAAUAAAUCACAAAACAAUAAUCUUCAAGUUGAUAUUCUUUUACUGCAUUCUGCACAAAAAUGUAUACUGCAAUGAUGCUGCAUUGAGGAAUCCGAUUUUAAAAAAGCUCUUCAAGGACACUAAAGAUCCCCAUGGAAACGUGCUAGUUCAGAGGUACUCCUACGGAGGAUUUUUAAAUUUGCACAAAUAUUUGUCCAACGCGAACAUAAACAUAAUACAAGAAAUAAACACAAAGAGCAGCGUUUCAAAUCUAGUAUCCAAGUUGAGUGAAUGCAGAAAAUAUAAAGAAAAUGUAUAUGAGAACUUUACCAACUCCUGUUCCACCUUUGUUGAGAAGCUAUACACCGAGACCUACCUUAACAUAGACAAAUCGCUAAUACAAAUAAACGAACUCUUAAUAAAAGAGGUGAAGCAUUUGUUGCUUACCAACAGUGACAUAAUCACACAUGAAGGAAAAGUGAAUGAAGCAGAAUUUAAAAAAAGUUUGGUGGACAAAUUGUAUGACGAAUUUCUACAACAAGAAAAAUCGGACAAUGAUGAAAAUACUUUACUCUACUUCAACAAAAUUAACAUGGCUCAUAAAUUCAGAAAAUUUUUUAACCUCUACUCAAUUGAUGAUCCUGAGGCUAACGAAAUUAUUCUGAGUUUGAUUCAAAUGGAUACCUCCAAAAUAAAGGUAGAUCACAAGUCGGUGAUUAAAAAUUUUGAUAUUAUAUUAAAUUCUCCCAAGCCUCACGUACUUCUGAAAUCCUUUUUUAGUGGUAAUGAACAAGUGAUUAAUGAUUCCUUUUUGAGGACUUACUGGUUGUGUCUAAAGAAUCUGCACCAAUAUUUUAAGUCCUACAACUCUCACGUUCUUUCUGUACUAGGGAAGAACUUCAAAAAUGUGAUUUUCAAAUAUUUAGACGAUGUUAUAUGCAACAAUCAUGAAAAAGUAAUUCACAAUGAUCAGGCAAAUUACUUCUUAAACAUACACCACUUUUUUGACACCUUUGUAACUCUCAUCAUAUCCAAGGUGCACAACUCCAAGGUUACCAUUUUAAACGAAAAUGGUAUUCUUAUAUCCAUCCGUAUUAACACCCUGCCCGAUAAAAUUAUGCAGCUGGUUUCUACCAAAUAUUACUCCAACACGCUUAUACCGCAUAGAGUUUUUGAAGAUGUUACCUACCUGUUGGUGCAUGAGGAUUUUCCCAUCCUGGAGCACCUCCACAAUUUUGAAGUCACCGCGAUAAAUGCGGACGGCUCGUCGAUAAAUUCCUCCGAAAAUAAGUACAGUCUUAUGAACGAAAGUGUGAAAAUUUUCUCCUUGACGUCUCUAGAGAACGAAGAAAUUACAAAGUGCAUUAAAGAGGAAAUCCAUGAAAUUUCGAAAACAAAGGAAAAGACGAACAUUAAAUACUACAAAUCAGUAGGGGAUAUUAUAUCCGCCUACAAUGGGCGCGCCAACAUCACCGAGAAUGACAUCUACCUGUUGCUCCUUAAUAUGAUUAGGGGAAAUUUGACCAACCUAAGCCUCCUAUUUGCCCUGGAGAUAAUUAACUACCUCGAUGAAUACUGUGAGGAUGUAGAGUUGGACGACAAGGAAUUAGGAGACAACGGUUAUAGGGAUCAGAGCGGGGAAGAAAAAAAAAACAAAACAUACAACAACGAUAUCGGAUUCAAUUUGUCUAAUUCGGAUGAGCAAGAAUUGGAGGAAGAUAAAUUAUAUAGCAGUUCGAUGGAAAAUGUAUCCUACAAACAAUUUUUUGAAAGCCCCAAGUUGAAGGUCCUAUACGACUCAAUCUCUAGCAUUGGUGAAGGCCCAGAUGCGGAUGUUAGCAACUUAAAGGGGACUACCAAGCCGACCUUAUCCUCAGACGAAAUGAAUUUCAAAAUGAUGUCUUCUCCUCAUGCUUCCACUUAUGAUGCAUCCUCCCAACCCGAUAUGAACAAAAUGUUUUCCGAGUAUGAAGGAUCGAAUGGGAUAUCCUUGCCCGACUUGUCCUCCUUGUCGAGUAUCCCACAAGGUAACAGCCUUGACAGCAUGUCUGGUUCCACUUCAGAUGUAUCUUCAUCAAAUGCGAGCCACAGUUCGUUCACAUCUUUUCCUAAUUUGUCGAACCAGUUGACGAGCGAUGCGCCGUCCGAUGUGUCUAUUACUACUAUGGUCGACGGGGCGAGCGACAAUUCAACACAGGCGAGGUCCAAUUGGGGACUCGAAAAAGAUGGGGAAUACUCAUCCAAGUGGAGUAUGAAAAAAGACGGUGAAUACCAUGCAGGGGAUACCUCCCCGUCGUACCCCUCAAGUAUCGCGUCUUCCUCCUCUAGGAAAACCAUAUCAUCCGAACAAACCGCGUACGCAUCGGCGAGCUCAUCAAUGGAUAGUCUUCACAAAGAUCUGAAGGAGGAACGAUUUGGAAAUAAGACCAGUAGUAUUUUUCCUUCUACGUCCAACGUGUCACCAAAUAGCAGAUUGAGCAGUAGUCUAGGAAUCUUCUCAGAAGGGGAACAUGCAUAUGAUUCGAAAAACGACUUAAGUUGGAAAGACAUGGACAAAUUUUGCACCCUUAACAUACCCAAUUUGCUAGGUGAAAAAAAUAAUGACACCACAAGUGAAGAGGAAAAUAACGAGCGCAACAAUAAAGAAAUAACGAAUAGCGCAUGGUAUCUCAGGAUUAUGUGCAAGAAGAAAAAAAUCAUUGAAAAAGAAAAAUUAAAAAGUAUGAAGGAACUAAAGAAGGACUUGCUACGAACAAAAUAUAGUUUUUUUAACAAAAAUGUAUUAUUCCUUAAUGAGGGAAACUUGAAGAAUAUAUUCGAAUCGACCUUUUUCGAUUCUAUUCAAAUGAAGAAUGCUAUCAUAAGGAUCAUGUCUUCUUACGAGAUAGAUAAUCUACAGAGCAUUUUAAAUAUCAAUAUGAGUGAUUUAAAUAACCACUUUUUCCACUUGCGUAAUAUUUUUCUAAAUAAAAAAAAAAUUUUAUCCUUCUUCAAUUUGAACACAAGCCAAAAUGUCAUUAGCAAAAUUGAGACCAAGUUUUAUUCUGUAUUCACCACGGUAUGGUUCCACUACACAAAUUAUUUGUGGAAAGUUCUGGACAUAUUUGGAAUUUUCGAAUUGCGACUCCUUUCAAGCAUAUAUCAUUCGCUAGUUAUGACCAAUAGAGAUGAGAACCAUCUGAAUCUGUUAAACUAUUUUGGGUUCACAGAUGUGUUCAUGAUUUAUAUGCUACUCUUACGGUUGAGGCGCAAUGUGUACUAUAUUAACAUGAAUAAGGCUUUCGAUGUUCACAAUGCGUCUUCGUUAAAAUUGGACCCCCUGUACAUUGUCCGCGGGAACAACGGGUACUUUUACGUCUCCAGGACUAACUGCGGGACGAAAGUUUUGAGCAGCAACAUGGACAACAAGCAACAAAUUGACGCGGGGUUUGGCCUCCAUUUUUACGCCGUUAAGGGCAUUGACAAAUCCAUCUUCAGCCACAACCACUGGACCGAAUCCGACUUUGAGAACGAAACGAAACUCUGGCUAGCCAAGAAAAGCAUCUCCUCUCUUCUAAAAUCAAUCCAAUACGCAAGCAUAUACUACCAUAUAAACGACAACAACGAUACGGAGAAGUACUCCUUUCUCCCCAUCUACAGAAAUGAAAACGCCAACAACAUUAACGAUUUUCCGGCCCUCAUUACAGCCAUCAUGUGUGGACGGUCAUAUGAUAUAAAAUUAGUCAAGAAAUGUAUAAAGAAGGACCAAGCUUUUCUCUCUUUCACAAAUAAAAUCAACUCCAUAGUGUACAACUUCUAUAACAACAGCACCAGUUUUAAGAAUAUUACCUUCUUCUCCUCCAAGCAGUCCUACGAGAAUGUAUUCAGUGAUUUUUAUAAUAACGAAAAGAUACUCCUCGAGGCGCUUCUCCUCUACCUGGAGGGAAUGCAGCGAGACGUAGCCCGUCUAUCAAGUGAGAACGAAAUAAGGUACCACUUCUCAUUCGUGUACAACAUUAUCAAGAUGCACAUCCUGAAGAAAUCUGUGUCUACAUACAAGACGCAGUCCCAGCUGUAUGCGUUGGAGGAAAUCAUGUUUAAAUAUAAACUAUACAGCGAAAAGAUAGCCGGUGCUCUUACUCUUAUGAACGAUCUAAACAGGGGAAAUGCACAAUUCAUCGAGGUGCUGGACACGAUCUCCCUAAUCUUCUACCGCAUGAAGGUGGAGGACUUAGGCCACGUCAUAGGCCAAGGUGUGCCUGAAGUACACACAGAAAUACUUAUCCUUGAUCUGAUGGAUAUAAUAAAUAUAGUGGCCUUUUUUCAUAAAGUGCUUAACAAAAUAGAGGCAGUAGGACAACUGGAAGACCUAAUAGACAAGGAGAAGGUGAUCAAACUUCACAUUGAAGAAAUCAUAAACGUGGUGAAAAAUAUAUUUCAAAGUUACGACAACUACUAUUACGACAUCAUAGAGGAAGAUAUCAAAAACACCAUUAAGGAGACACUGUUAAAAAAAAUGAAAAACUUAUUCAUAAAUUAUAAAAGGUUUAUUAAUGAAGAGAGUAAAAAAUUGUCGUCUAAAUUUAUAAAAAAUUUAGAAAAAAAAAAAUCCUUUUUUCUUUUUGAGGGACCAGUUACCUAUAACUUCCCCAUAGAUAUAUCCUAUGGUAAGAUAAAAAAUUUUGAGCAAAUAUUUUUCCUCGACUUGAUAGAGUACUCCUACUCUGACUACACCAGUUCUCACCUGAAGUAUUCCCAAGAGAAUAAGGACGAGCAAAAUAACAGCAUGUCUAAAUUGAUUGAACGGGUGAAGAAAAUAAGUCUGUUGUAUCACGCCUUCGACAUUCCGAAGGAAUACAAUGAUAAGCUGUUCAACUACAUUUUCGAGUUUUCUCAACAAGGGUCCAUCAAUAAGUCCUUUGUUCAGCGGAGCAAGCUCUGGGGGAGAAACGUACCCGAGGAGAGCUACGCCAAGUUGUGCAUCGUAAACCUUCAGAGGCUGUUGAGGUACUACUUCGAAAGCAGCCGCAUACACAAGCUGGUCGACUUCAUGCUGAAAUACAACGAAAUAAAAAUCGGAAUCAAGAAGCCACUAAAGGAUGGAAAGGGAAGCACUAAUAUGUAUCUCUGCAUAAGGGAUCAGUGGUUCUACAAACACAGCAUUCAGAACAUGAAAUCGUACCUCUCAAAUAUUAAAAUGAAAUUUAAUUUUAACGUAGAGGACAUAAAAAUGUGCGCUAAAAAGCAUAGUGGAUACCCACACCUCAGCACUCUAACACAUGCUAUGAUAAACAUACUGGCAUACGAGCUACACAACAUUUUUAAUAAAACGGAAAAGUUCGAUUCCUUGUUUUCAUUGAUGAAUGUGAAAAACAACGAAAUUUCGAGUAAACUUAUAUUUCAAAUUAACAAUGUCUUGAAUAUGAAUCAGAAGAUUUGCAUGUUUUACUACUCCAAGAAUGCCCUACUACACCUUACGGAGAUUCUCAGCCAGCACUUUAAAGAGAGAAUCAUCUACAUGUCGGACAACAUGAAGGGAGGGUACGACGUCUACUCGUUUAACCCCGCGCGCAAAGAAGGCGGAAGCAAAAUCAUCAUCUUUAAGGAAGGGCACACCUUUAAGGUGUACAAUAAUAGCAGAUCUCUCUUCAGCUACGAAAUGCAUCACUUGCGGGACACAUCCACGUUCCACAUAUACUACGAAGAGCUGGUGAAGAUGAAGAACUACCUGGAGGCGCUGGAGAGUGAGUACACGGAGACCCCGAGCACGUCAGAAGAGGACAUACACAAGGCCCUCCUUGGGUACAACAAGGAAAAGAACUACACGAACAUACAACAGAUGAUUCUAGCCCUAAUAGAGCGCAAAGACGUGGGAAAUAAGAAGAAGAUGAUUCUGAGAAAUUUAAUCGACAAGGAAAUCGUCAAGCAUAGAAGCAACAGAGUUAAGAAUAAUUACCUGCACCUGCUGUACCUGGAGAUAUUUUCUCUCUUCGGAUUUGGCCCGUACAGCGAUUUAGAUAACUUAUUGGAGGACCUGUUUCUGUGCGAUAAGGGGCUGCUGGAAUGGUUCAAAUUAUCCCUGUCGGAGGUGCGCAAGGAUGCAAGUGGUGAAGACAGCUACAACAAACUGCGCAUAUUCGUUUCUGCACUAGCGUAUAUGAUAAAAAAGCUUGAUAAUAUAUUAUCGAAAAAGACGCUGGAGAAACAAGAACUGGAAAAUGUUUUAGAAUUGUUUAAAAGGCAAAAAGAGGAUAUACUACCAUUUGAUUUUGAAAAUUUCAUUCCUCAUUUUUUUAAAAAAAAAAAAAAAAAAUUAAAGUACAACAGUUUGGGGAACAAAAUCGAAGAGUUCAAAAUUGACGAAAAGGUGAAAGACCAAAUAUUAGCAGAGAUAGAACAGUACAAAUUUUCCAUUCCAUCACAUAAUAUGAAGCCUUACUACUUCAUUUCACUCAUAGGGUUGGGUUAUUCAUACAUAGAAAAGUUUAACGAGCUAAAGUUGGGUCUGCAUUCUUCAGUGUCCUCCAGCAACAUCAUCACUCUGCGGAAGCUCUUCAACUUGUGGUACGUGAACGAACUUCCAGACGUUAUAAACUUGAUCAUUCGCAUCAUCAUGAAUGUAUACAUGAAAUUUUUUUACAAGAGAAAAGAUUUUUUCAAGGAUACAGAUAUAAAUUUAAGUAAGGACAAAAAGAAGCAGUUUGGCGAAAUUAUUCUAUCAAAGGAGAACAUCAACAUUGAUCCGUUAGACACCACUGAAGAUCAAUCCAUUAAUGACAGCACAGAAAAACUGAAUAUCAGUACGAAUUCCUUCACCGUUAAUGAAUAUUACUUAAACUAUGUGAUAAAAAAUGCGUACGAUUUUUUUUAUACCGUGUUCAAUUGCUCGGAUGAUAAACCGUGCUUCCUCGAAAAGGAUGAAUCUGCAGAGGAGAAGGUGAAGAAAUACCUUAGGGCAAAUCCCUUUACCCAAAAUAUGAUUUGGCUCAUACCAAUCCUUUCAAACCAUUUUAGGAGCUCCAUAAGUAUCCUCUACAUGAAUGACAAAGACAUUCGUUUGUAUAAAUACCAGGAUGAUAGCGCUAUGAAGUUUAGCAUACAAAUUUUGGUACAAGAUGGGGAAAUGUUCCUCGUCCUACCUACCUACUUCAUACACAUGAAUAUUGUAAGCAUAAUAACAAACACAUUGAUAAGGAACGAAAAUGAUGCUGCACAUAAUGAACGAUCUCUCUCUCCGUUAUACUCCAGAGUAGCGGGGGGUGCGGUUAUACUUGAUGAGUCCAUCAGAAAUACGACAAACUCGGACAAUUAUUACAAAACCUAUUUUGAAAUUAUUGAAGAGAAGAUAAAUCUUUUUUUGAACAAAAAAAUGCACAUAUAUAGUUUGCUGGUAUCCAUAAGGGAAGACAUCCUGAACUUUAAAUAUUUUAUAUACUACGAAAAUUUUGUGAAGUUUUUAAAGCUGAUGGAUCACUUUAUAUCAGUGCUGAACUCCAAAUUGCAGCUGAAUGUAGACUUCACCUUCGAGGAAAUCUUCAACUCGCCAAACACUCUCGUCAAGUACUCCGUCAACAAUAUAAUAAAUUUCAUUAUGAAAGACAAUUACAACAUUUUCGGAAUCGAAAUUAAGAAAUUCUACACUAAUAUAUUUCAAAUGCAUAGCCACAAAAAGUACCAGUCCAGCUCAUUCCUUCGGUUGCUGGAUUUCCUCCUCAGAACGAUAAAGGUAGAAAUAGACACCCAGAACAAACAGAUAGAAAUGUCCUACAAUUUUAUCGAAAAUAUGCGCAAAAGAAACUACGUACAACUUUUGAAAAGUCUUGAAUCCCUCAUCAUAUGUGAGCACGUCAAAAUAAUUUCUAACAUAAUGAAGUAUAUAGAGAUAAAUUUGGACAACAUAAUCAAACACAUAGUCUACAAAUCGGAGAAGCUCAUCGAGGAGCAAGAAACGAUUAAUAAGGUGCAGAUAAUUCAUGAUUGCUGCUUAAAAUAUGAUUUUAAUGAAUUGGGUGCUACUGAAUUGACAAAGAAGUACUUCAAAGAGUUGGAAGAAAAAAAUAUUAAAAUUUCAAAUUACAGCAAGAUUUUACAGAAACUAUCUGAUGAGGAGUUAGACUACGAAGAGUGGUAUUCUAUUGCGUCUAAAAUUCAGGUGGAGUAUUUUAAGAAGAAUGAAUUGGUUUAUUUUAAAAUUUUGAACGAAUCCCCAUUUUGGAAACACGGCGCGAAAUACUUCACCGAAGAAAUUUUGCAGAAGGAACUCAAAGAACAAAAGUUGUACAUUGAUGAAAAGGACAUAAAGUUGCUCAGCAAUGAUAAGCUAACCUAUAGUGAAUACAAGGACCUCCUAUUUGAUGUAAGAAUUAUCAACAUGGAGGAGAAGGACAUGGACGCCAUGUUCGUAAACAGAGAACAGUACGCUAUAUCCAUCGUGUGGAAAUUUUUCAAUACAGAAAUUUGCGUUAAUGGAAACGAUAUUCAUUUUGAGGAUAUCUACUCAAAGUUGAAGAAUUACAAAAAGGAUUUGAACUACCUCUCAUUGUUGAAGAAGGAAGACAUGUACAAUUUGUUCAACGCUAUUGUUAUAUUCCAUCGGUUGGUGGAAUCAGUUGAUGAGAAUACAUUUAACACGUACAAAAGCUACAGAAUUACAAAUAUCCUUUUUGAUGAGCUAAUGAGAAGGGGGGUAUAUAUAUCUGGAGAUUCCCUCAUAACUAAGGAAUACAUCGAAUCUAUAUUUAACUACGACAUGUGGAGGAGGGGCAUUAAGCAUGUAAAGGUUAGUAACAUUUUGAUAAGAUCCUUGGUUCCGACAAAGUAUCUCCAAUAUUAUUCUACUGCACCCAUUUUUAAGAUUCUCCGAUUUUUCGUAAAUUCCAGGCUGAAUGUACGCCUAAUUAAUAUGCUCUCCCACGUAAUAUACAACAUACUAAAGAUAGGGAACGCCAAGGACGAUAUUUUCAAGGUAAUUAUGACUGAGGGACUUUUGCGUGGAAGCUUAGACGUUAUAAAGCUUAUCUUAAUAAAACUUAAUAUAUCCCUAGACGAAUUAACAACGACUGUUACGGCGAUGCUUACACAUUUUCAUAUCGUUCUUGAGUCUGGCCUUGUCCAAGAUAUCUUGGAGAGCAUAGACUAUCGCAGGAUGUUCUCCAACCUAUUCUUCCUCCUUCACAACUUAGUGGAGGAAUUUUAUUUCAAGGCCAUAUUAGACUUCCUUCUGGAGUAUCCAUUUAUAGUAGAAUUUAUAAAAAAUAAUGAAGAGAAAAUUAAGGAAAUUUUAAUAAAUUUUAAAAGAUUCUUCCUCCUAAACUUUGGGACAUAUGUUAAUUUUUUUCAGCACCUGUACGACAGUAUUGAAACGAAAUUUUUGACGCACAUUAAAUAUUACGUCACGAAAAUUUUAAACAACUUUUUACCUUUCUCAUCAGAUUUGAUUGAGAAUAUUACGCAAAUCGAGAUGCAGAGGAUGAGUCUGCUCCAGUUCAUUUCCUUCAGAGAUGAAGAGAGCAUCAUCCCCAUUUACCAAAAUGUUAUAGCUCUUGUGCAGAACGAAGAUUUUAUGAUUGACCUUAGAAUUUCUACAAUCAGUAAGCAUAAGGAGUAUUUCUCAAACGGAAAAAAUGUAAAAAUUUCAGAGGCGAACCUCCUGAACACAUUAUAUAAUAAGUACCAAGAGUUGUACCCCUCAAAUGGUGCUUUUCACUCAGGGUUGAAUAAACCUACUAAAGCGACCCUUUCAAAUGUUGCUUCUAAGGUGAACAGCCCGUCCUUCCUUCAGAAGAACACCUUACAUUUGAACAGGAACAAUAAAAGGCUUCUCAACGGGGGGGAAAACGGGUUUGGACAUGUUCGUUCCCCCUUGGACAAUCACCGUCACGGAAAGAAUAUGCACACUGGGGAUGGAUCCACAUACGAGCGUGAUACUAAACAUGUAGUUAAUUUCUCCCCAGGGGAUAAGCCCAUUUUGGGGAAACCCUCCAAUCGUGCGCUUAGACACAUUUUCAGCAAUACGAAGUGGACUCAAAGUGCAAAAUCGGAGAAGGGGAAACAUAAUAAGACAGGUGAACCUGGAUCAAGUGAAGCGAAGAAAGAGGGACACCAAAAAAAAAAAAAGAUUCACGAGGAGAAUAAGACAAAGAAAUCAUUCACAAACCUAAUCAAUAAUGACACGCAAAAUGACUCCGAAGCUUCCUUCUUGGAAAACCAAAACACUAGCACGGUUAAGAAUUACUACCUUAUUGAAUCGAAUAGGUACAGAACGUUGAGCUGCUUGGAGAAAAUGUUUAUCCAUUCCUUCGACAGUAAUUCCAACGUUGGACAAAAUAGAAUCAAGAUAUGCAGCGCACUGUAUAGCCAGAACUGGACGCAAAAUGUGCGAACCGUGUCCAUGAAAAAGCUAAGUGAUAAGGGUAUACGCACUUAUGGGUAUACACACGACCUGAUAUUGACUACAAAAGUGAAAGCGGAAAAAUGCGAGGUGCACUUCAAGGUGAAUAUUGGACAUGAUAAUAAACAAACCCUAAAAAAACAGAAAUAUAAAAACGCAAUUGCGGACUUCAAUAUUUUUAGGGAGGACAACGAAUUGUGCUUCCUAAUUAUUAAUAGCACAAAGAGUAGAGACAAAAAUUUGUUUGUAUGUUACCAUGCUGACUUGGUCCCGUUUUAUCAAACUUAUGAUCUUUCGAAUUAUCUCAAUAAAGUCUUUUCCGACGUUGAUUCAGACAAUACAAGCAAAAUGGUGGAGGAAAACGAGGGGGUCAAUGAGAAGGACAAGACAAACAUGAAUGAUAUGUACAAAUAUCCAUUCAACAUCAUCGGAAGUGACGAAAAUGGAGAGAUAAAUAAAGGACGUAACGACAUUGAACCAGAGGGAGUCGAUUUGGAACAAUCGCCACAUGUAGAAGGAUUCACAGGCAGUGAAACAAGAGGAACACAGGACACCACCAAUAAAAGUGCCAAGGGUAGAGAAAAUGACACCACUGGAAGAGAUUUCAUGACCCCGUUUAGGGAUGACCAAAUAUCUCUCAAAAGGAACCCCAGUAGCAAAAAAAUUGGUGCAUUAACAAACAAAUUCAAUGACACCUUUAAAAAUAUUAAAAGUGGAAUUAACAAAAUCAAAGAUAAAAUAAACAGUAGACAAAAGGGGGAAGAAGAAAAAAGCGAUACGAACGAUAAUAUGCAGAAAAUGAAAGAUGCGCUGAAAUACUUAACAGAAAAAAAAAUAAUAAAUCAGCUUCUCGAAUUUGAAUAUUUUCACUCAAUCAAGUGGACCUCCAACAUUUUUAGCGUCACCAUAGAUAACAUGAAAGGUAUGAAUGAGAACAUCAUGUUAGUUCUGGAGCUCGGGGAUUACAACUUAAAGACCUACUACGAGGUAGACAUCAAGUACGUGUCAAAUGUGCAGGCCUUGCAGAAGCUAGAUUAUUUCAUCAAAAAAAGUAACGUCACGGAUAUGAUAGCACAGAGACUGAAGAAGUACACCAAGCUCAACUUCAUUUUGAAGCAUAUUUUCAGAUUUAAGCAUGAAAUUAAAAACGUGUCUUAUAUCAAGUCUAGGAGCACUGCUACGCGGGCGGCGGAACCCACAAAGGAUCCUCAGUCAGGCCAGGAAAAUGAACAGGAUGGAAAGCUCACUUCAGAUAAGCGUGUUAAGGGGGGCGAAAGGGACGAUGAAGAUAAUGGAGAAGAGGGAAGUGAUGGAAAAAGUGCUCAUGGAAGCGAGUCAGAGCAAUCAUUCCAGGAGUACAUAAAAUUCACUUGGUACAAAGAACACAACAAGCAACGAGUAGAAGUCGUCGUAGCGGUGAACGCAAUUAACCCACUUAUACUAAAAAAUGAUAAUAGCGAAAUUUUAUGUGAAACAAAUGUGGACAUAAAAAAUGUGCUUAAGGUGUUUAGACCACCGGAAGGAAACGAGAGGGGACAAAUGGAUAUAAAUCGGGAUGAAGAGGAAGAAGGUGGGUACCAUUCGAAGGAGAACUCAGAUGUAGAGACAACCGUGGCAAACUUCACAUCCGAUUUGAUUUCCAAAACAAAUAUAGAACAAAGCAAGAAGAACAGUAGGAAGGAGAAAUUCUUCACCGAUUAUGCUACAUACUUCAGUAAGAUAUAUCCCCUGACGGAAGAAGAGAAUUACUUCAUAAAAACGAGAAUGGAGAAAAACUGCGCCCUGCUCAAGUACAGACUUAUCCUCCUAUCCGUCAUCAUAAUCAAAAGCAAUAAUUUGAGCAACCUCAAAAAGAUGAGUAGCCUGAGCAAUGAAUAUUUGAGGGACAACUACAAGCAGUACAAAAAUAUUGAGUUUCAUCAAAAUAAAUUGUUUGGAAAAAAAUACGUGUACAUAGACAACAAGCAUUACAUAAUUAAAAAAAAAUUGGAGUGUCUGAUAGGGUUGGAUUUUUACAAAAGCUUAAAGACUUCUCUCGAGAAAAAAAAUAUAUUGCAAAAUUUUCUGGAGGAUUUGACCGUGGAGAUAUCUAACAUUAACAGGUUCUUUUACAAAUAUUACUACAAUGAUAAUUCGAACAUACACUCAUCUAGCUUCUAUCUGGAUAAGCUGAAAAAUAUUAAGUUUCUAUGUCCCCUCAUAUACGAUUUGAAGAACAAAGAAAAAAUUAACACAGAGGAUACGUCCGAGGUGGACACAUCUAUCAAACUGCCAAACACCAAGGAAGUGGAAAAUGAAAUAGAGCAGUGCGAAAAGAGAGUCGGUUUUUACGGCAGUAACAUCCUGUUCUUUGGAAAAGAGUUAGACGACGCGAUAGGUAAAAAAAGAAUAGAAAAUAUAUCCAUGUUUUCGUACGAAUGUGAAAAGUCCAUUUUUAAUGAAAAGAAUUUAAGUGAACUGGAUAUGUAUCACAAAAAUUUCUGUAUCAACAUUUUUGAAAAUGAAUUGGAAGAACGAGACGAACAAUUUAGACCCAACACGGAAUGGAUCGAUAUGCUUUAUAAUACUUUUUCUUCCAAAAAGAAUCAUAAUUAUACAGGAAAUAAUUACUCCGAAAUUAGAUGCUUUGGAUUUGCUGAUAGGGAUGAGUUGAAAGAAUACGAAAAGAAGAAAGAGGCCAAGUGUAAAAUUACCAUCCUUAAUAGAACCCUCAAUGUGCUUCAACAAUUUAUGGACAAGUAUUAUAAAAUCAAAAAGGACGGUAUAAAUAACGGAAAUGCAUACAACGUCUAUGCUCUAUUUAAAAAUAUUUACACAGUAAUGAUAUACAAACUCAUGUACGAAACGAGGCCAUUCAAACCUCUGCGCAUUCAACAGAAAUUGAACUUAGUCGGAAAUAAAUACACCAAGUUGUUAUAUAAAAAGGAGAAUUAUUCAAAGUUCAUGAAACACAUGUUGGAUAAGACGAGCACCCUGUACCUCGAAAUUGAGUUACUUUACAAUGACCAUGUCUUCCUUAGGAACAUCUCCUUCCCAAAAGAAUCCGUGGACAUUCUCAUGUUUAAUCACAAACCGUUUAGUGAUGAUGCAUAUGGGUAUAGACUGUUAGCCAAACCAAAUGAAAAUAUAAAUGAAGGGGAGGAAAACACCAAAGUAUAUUCCUUUUUUGUGCUAAUUAUGCUAGGCUACUACCCAGAGAUUCAAAAGUCGCUCCUCGAAGUGGCAGAAAAUGCAGACCUAAUUUAUAAACUCCUAGACAUUAAGGUUGAUGAAAUCAAGAAAAUUAUUAAUGCCGAUAAAAAGUGGAAUGAACAGGAUAGUGGAAGGGACGGAUCGUCGUCCUCCUCUGGGGGAUCAUCAACCAUGGAUAAUGUAACUUCAUCCAAUUUAGACCACAUGGAUAAAAGUCAGUCCGGAAAUUCUAGAUCAUUUGCCAACUCACUUGAAAGUUUAUACAAUUAUAUUUUUAGCAAAACGGAAGAUGUCGACUCUGGGGUGAGAACCUUUUUGCAUUCAUUUAUGGUCGACAGUGAUGAGAUGAACGCCAAUAACCAGAAGGGAGAUACUGAAUGGAGUGCUUCUGGAUUUUCUACGGAGCCUCCAUCGGCGUCUCCAAGCGGGGUGCCUAGCUCUACCUCGAACGCGUCGUAUGCUUCCUCCGUUGCCACGCAUUCUAACCCCUCAUCAAUGAGCGCAUCCCCCCGCGCGUACGAAAUCAACGACUUCACCUGGAUGGAGAAGGAACAAAUAGACAGCGUCAAGAGGUUAAUCGUGCAGCACGAACUUGUGCACUAUUUCAUAAAGGGAAUCAAAUUGAUGAAUCUGAAUAGCUACCUGAGAAGUGAUAACUAUCUAGAUGCAUUCAGGAAGGCUCUGAAUGAGGAACUGAAGAAGAAAAAUUUCUAUCACCACUUUAUUAAGACUUCCCCCCCAUUCCACUUUGACAUUUAUAAAGUGCACCACUUGUUGCUCUUCGCCUUUUAUUAUGCCUUCUCGGACAUUAUAAGGACAAGGAAGCAGUACGUGAAUCUAGAGUCCAGUAUAAAUAGAAUCAUUGACAAUAAUAAGUCUGUCUACAUGUACAGAACCCAAACAUACAAAAGUAUCAAUCUGGAUCCUGAAAAAAGAGUCAGUUUAAAUAAAGACCAUGAAGAAAUUGCAAAAUUUAUUUACAACAAGGCUAUACAAUACCGAUAUAUAAAGAGACAGAAACCUGAUCAGGUUCUCUUCACAUUUAGUGAAGGGCAAAUAGACGAACUAAUGAUAAUUUUAAAUAAUAAAAAAAAACAAAUAUAUACAGCCAAGGAUCUGGAAGAAAUCACCUCUUUUGUACAAGUCAUGGUUGAAAAUUAUAUUUACAUUUUAAAUAACUACCCUUCGAAUUUUAGCCUCAGUAAACAUUCCUCCUUUUAUAAGAAUUUUAUCAGAAAUGCCAAACAGUAUUUCUUCUCCUACAACAAGAAGAAUAAUUUACUUUACAUUAUCAACCAGAGAGAUGUUAAUUACAAUAUGCAGACUAUUAAACAAAUGAAUGAAAAAUCUACAGUCAUUAAUUUGAUCAAGUCUGUCCUGGAGUUUGUCUUCUUGGCUUCCACCAGGUCCUACGCAGUCGACACAGCCAUUAAGCAGAUCAUAAGUAUUGAUGAGGAACCCACUCUUAAAAAGGGACCCCGUCUGAAGAAGAACUUUAAAAAGGUGAAAAUUCUUCCAGGGAAAUCUAAUCGCUACGCCUUUUUGCAAAAAAGCAAUACAUCUUCAACCCUAGAUAAAAGAAAAUUUUAUAGUAAACACCCCAAUGUGGUGAAGAUGGACUUCCAUACUGAAGAGAACAAUACAGAGACUACUACAACCAAUUCACUGAAAAGAAGCGACAAGCGCAGUGGCUGCUGUCGGUGCUGUAGGAAAAAAUGCCUCACUGUACACAAAAGGAAUAACCCUAAUAUGCGCUUGAACAAUUACCCCAUGGUUUCAGAAGUUAAGGACAAAGGAAAUAGGCGUGAAUCUCCUUACAUGUUUAAGGGGCAUGUUAGGGAUACUCCUCCCAAGGUGAGAAUUGUAAACCCAAAGAAGAGGGGAACACAAGGGAAGAGGCCACCUUGGAAUAAUGCGCUAUAUGCAUUUUGUGGCAAAAAGGGGAGGACAACUAUUUGCAUGGGUGAUAGGGGGGAUAUAGAGAGGAGACCAUUCGCACUGGGUAGCGCAAAAAGGGUAGGCACUCACAAUUGCGUUUCGGUUCGCAGUACCAGAGUUGGCCUGAAAGGAGCAAGUUGUGAUGAUGAAGUGGAACAUGAUGGAGUAAGCUACGGUAAUGCGAAGCAUGAUGAGGAAGAGGAGGAGGACAUAACCAAAUCUACAAACACCCUAGCAAUUGCCAGAGUCAUAGAAUACAAUUUCACUGAACAUGAACAUAAUAAAAACUCAGACAGCUGCAUCGUGCAGAGUCUCUUUGGAGGCAGAAUGAAUAAUAUGUAUGCCAAAUUAAAAGGAGGAGUCUUUUCCUUCGCUUUUGCCCAUGGUUUCGAUUUCUUUUUACGAAAUAUUUUAUACUUUUACAAAAAAAAUUUAAUCUCCAAGUACAUAACACAUUAUGCAAAAAGGAACGUAGUGCAGAGUUUAGAUAUGCUGUUCCUAAUAGUGAGGGACCAUGAAUUGAGGACAUCCAUCACCAAUACAAAUUCAAUCAAGCACAGUCUAUUUGACAUAUGCCUAUUUAAGUUCCAAAAUUUAUCCAUAGCAUUGAAAAAUAUUCUGAACUUGAUCGAUGAAGACAAAAUCGAGAAACUGCUUUCCUACGUCAUUGCCGCCAUCCAUAUGAGGUAUACAGGAAAUCCUCGCUUCAUAGAAAAUAUGAUUAAAAAUUUAAAUAAUGCCUUGUCCAAGAAUAUCACCUUGAAAAAAUUAUUUGGGAAUUUUAUUUCUUACCUCACCAUUUCAUCUAUACAAACCCUGGUGUUGUAUUUUCACUCCAGAUAUAAAAAGAAGUUGCUAAAAAUUAUUAUAACAAUAAUGAAUGAAACUUCUGGUACGAUUUCCAACAUAUUUGGGGAUCCUUUUUUCCAGUCCUAUAUGUGCACGCACCUCAUAAAGUUAGGCGAAUCCUUCAUAACGGAAUUCAAUGCGGAAAACACAGUGUACAGAUUUUUUAUGGAUGUCGGUGAGAUUAACUUUAUCGACAUUAUCAUUUCCUACGCGUACAAGUACUUCCCCAAGGCGGUUCACGACUUCAUGGGCAACUAA